AUGAAAAUUCUGCUGCGAUUUAAAGAUGAGUAUAACAGGAACCCAGACCCAGCUAAGAGGAAAGAGGAUACUAAGAUUCUGUUACGUAUGAGAGAUGAGCUUGUGAAGGAACUAUCUCUUCCAGCUAAUUUUAUAGUAGAUGCGUUACUUCUGGAUGUGUUUGGCACAGUAUCUGGAGCCGCUGCUGUCAUUGGUGGUGUCAUCGGCCAAGAAGUUGUAAAGGCAGUGAGCCAGAGAGAACCUCCACACAACAACAUGUUCUUCUUCAACCCAGUCAAAUGUGUAGGUUUUGUUGAACUUUAUGGUCAAUGA